AUGAGCAGCUCUAAUAUCAACCGCCGAAAGGCCAAUGCCAGGUCUGCGCUGCUGAAUCGAAGAAAACAAAGAGCUGGCUCAGUACCAUCAGCUGUGAUACCAAAACAACAACAAAACUAUACGAUUCCACAACAUGAUCCAUCAAAACCUAGAGAAGAGCGUCAUUUCAAAGAUUUCUAUAAAGACUUAGAGGAAGAUGAGCAAUUGCCUCUCUUGAUUACUGAUGAACAUAUAUCAGGUCCAAUUAGAUCCACAACUUAUAAAAUUCAAGGUUUAAAGAACCCAGAAUUCAAGCAGAUACCCAAAGAAAUAUUACCAAAUGAUAUAAGUAAGAUUCCUAAAAACAUUAUAAAGCUGGGUUAUAAAGAGCAUUCAUUGCUACAUGAUCGUGAUACUUAUAUUAGAGAACACGAUUAUUUCGCUAAAAGGGAACAAAACAACCAGUUCUUUGAAUCAAUCUCUCAAAAUCAAAUCAAUUUCAAAUCUACUUAUGAUAUGGAUGAACAAGAUAAUUAUUUCUUAUCAUAUUUAAACUCAUCAAGAAUUGAUAAAUUCAAACCAAUACUACAUGAAAUUUUUGAAAUUGUUAUAACGAUACUAGAAAAUGAAUGGUAUUAUCUUGAAAAGAAGAUUCCACCAAAAAUACGGAAAACGUAUUCAUCAAAUUCAGAAUUAAGUUUAAAGACAAGCGCUGCUAUUAAUCAUACAAAGUUAUAUGGUGCGGAUGAUGGUAUUGGGUUUUCUCCUGCAGAAGACCAACGUUGUGCAGUGUGUAAUGAAUCUGAAUGUGAUAAUUCAAAUGCAAUUAUUUUUUGUGAUGGUUGUGAUAUUGCAGUUCAUCAAGAUUGUUAUGGAGUUAUCUUCAUUCCUGAAGGUCAAUGGCUAUGUCGUCGUUGUAUGAUUUCUAAAAAAAGGAAAACAAGAUGUUUAUUUUGUCCAAGUACAACAGGUGCUUUCAAACAAACUGAUAAUGGUCUUUGGAGUCACGUAUUAUGUGCAUUAUGGAUUCCUGAACUUUAUUUUGCAAGUGCAGGUCACAUGGAGCCCGUCGAAGGUUUUGACGCUAUACCCAAAGGUAGAUGGAAGUUGAAUUGUUAUAUAUGUAAACAAAAAAUGGGUGCUUGUAUCCAAUGUGCAAAUAGAAAUUGCUUCACAGCUUUCCAUCCAACUUGUGCAAGAAGAGCUGGUCUCUUCAUGGAAAUGAAGAAAGGGGUACAAGGUGCAGUUUUGGAUAAAUCUACUAUGCAUUCAUAUUGCCAUAAGCAUUCACCACAAGGUUUUAAUGAAGAAAAUGACGUUAAAACUGGUAUUGAAAAGACUAGAUUAUAUUUUGAAACAAUCAAUCAAAAUCAAGCAACAGCAACAGCAACAGUUAAGAUUGAUAAUAAUAAGAAGACCAAUAAUAAUUUGAAAAAAUGGAAAACUUCAAGAGGAACUCCAAUUCCACCAAAUUAUUUUAUCAAAAUUGUAAGUUCAUUCUUGACUAAAUUGAAAGUUCAAGAUGAAGAUAAUAUUGCUCAACAAUUGGUUAAGUAUUGGUGUAUGAAAAGAGAAAUGAAAAGAGGUGCUCCAUUAAUUAGAAGAACUGAUCCAACAAGUUAUACAAGUGGGGAUCCUGAAGAACUAACCCCAAAAUUGGAUUUUUGUCAAACUUUAUUGAAAGAUAUUGAUAAUUUACAAGAAUUAUCUACUUUAAUCGAGUCAAGAGAAGCUGCAAAAGUUGAACAACAUAAUUCAUUACAGGAUAUGUUGGGAUUAGCAUAUUUUCCACAUAAUGCAUUGAUUCAACAAUUAUUGACUAAGAUUAAUCAAAUCGAUUCUUCAAGGUUUCUAUUGGAUCUGGAAAUUGAUUGCUUUAAUUUAUCUCAAAUAAAUGAAAAAAGCUCAACUAGACAUUAUCAAUCACUAGAAGAAUUUCUUAAAGAUCUUAGUGACUUGUUCUCCCAAAUUGAGGAAUUGAACACACCAGUUCUUUUAAAAGCUAUACGUCGUAUUUCGAGAGAUAUUGAACCUGAUUUGAAAUCAUUAGAAAGUUUUGACCAUUCAAAACUUCAAUCAGAAUUUAUAUUGAAAGGUCUUGAAAUUGACGAGGCGCCUUAUAAAGGCCUAACAGCCAUGGAAGAGGAAGAUCUUAGUGAUAUAGACGUUGAAAUGGAAGAGUAA